AUGAACAUUUUCCAGAAUUGGUUUACCGAACAUUUUUGUCCGUCUGUUAAACGCUACUGCGAAUUUAAAAAACUAGAACCGAAAGCUUUACUUUUGAUUGAUAAUGCUCCAAGCCAUCCGACGCAUUUGUCCGACUUAACAACAUGCAUUCCAGUAGAAAUGGUUUUUCUGCCGCCAAAUAUAACUUCGUUAAUCCAACCAAUGCAUCACGGCGUAAUAUCAAAUUUUAAAGCUUAUUAUCUCAGGCGGACAUUUCGACAACUGAAUGAUAAAACCAAUGGAGAAGAUAAACAAUCCAUUAGAGAUUUCUGGAAAAACUACAAUAUCAUGGAUGCUGUAGCCAACAUCAAUCUUUCCUGGAAUGAGGUCACCGAGAAAUGUUUGAAAGGAGUAUGGAAGAAUGUAUGGCCGGAGCUAAGCAAAAAUGUUGACAUUAGAGAAUCCAUUGUUGAUGUCGACGAAAUUGUCAAGCUAGCUAAUCAAACAGGGUUGGAUAAUAUAAACGCGCAGGAUAUUGAUGAAUUAUUGCAAGUUACAAUAGAUGAAAGUCUUUCCAACGACGAUCUUAAAGAAUUAGUAGAACAAGUGCACGAAUAUGACGAAGUUAGCGUUUCAGAAGAUGAGGAGUAA